UCUUACACAUUAUAAUCACUAUUUAAAUCACAAUAAUGUAGUGAAGGCCUCUGAUAACCCAUCAACCUCCAGUGUGGUCCUAUUGCAACAUCUUGGUUUUGGCCAAUGGGAAGAGAAAGUGCCCCAAUAAAUGCUGGAAGCAGUUUCUCAAUUUACCUUCUGGGAGGGAAGUCAGUUACGUUAGGACACUAUGCUAAAAAGGCCUGAGAGGUGCCUGUUGUUGUAGUGGAGCAGCCAUGAGCUCAUUCACAAUUCUGUUAUCAUAGAAUAAAAGGGAAAAUAAAUUGUGAUGGAAGCUAGCUGCUUCUGUUACAAUAGUAUCAUUAUAUUUUCUAACUUAUAAAAUAUUUUUAUCUCACUAUAUGUUUAGCACUUCUUUACAUUUUUUUUUUCAGUAAAGUUAAUAAUCCCCACUCCAUGUCCUGCAUGUUUUUUCUUAGAUGUAUUUUUUUGGAGUUUCAUAUUCUAAGCACUUUGUUCAUUUAAUUUUCUGUGUGGUCUAUAGAGGGUAAUGCAAAUUAAUCUAGUAUGUUUCUUUUAUAUAUUUAUUCUUUUAAACUAACACCCCUGCUUGGUAUAUUUGUGGAUGGUGCUUAUAUAAUCUGUGCAACACGCAACUAUAGUCCUUAUAAAGUAACUACAAUUAUAUCUAUAGGCGGUUUGUAGUCACAGUGACUUCAUGCUCUGGGAGUGUGAAAUCAAGCAUGGUUUGGAUAGUGCUUCCUUUGUGCUCACCUCUCAGUUGUGAUGUCUAAGGUGUAAUCCCCCUGCCAUCUUGUCCGUUCCUUCUAGUCAUCAUUUGAUGGACAGCCUUUUCAGAGACUGCAGUUUCCUCUUCUAUCUGGUGUAGGGAUCACAUAUGUGCAGCUGAUCUUUAUCCAGGAGUCCUUCUCCCUGAGUAUCCUCCGGGGAAAUAGAAACAAUUAUUAGAGGAGAAGCUGAGAGGCUAGAGCUCACAGGCUCUGCACUGGAGUGGGCUGGAGAGGAAGAAGGGCUGGAGACCAUUAUUCGCUAGUAUCUUCUGCUCCGGCACACCAUCAGCAAUGAUCAUAGACUGUCUACAGGUGACUGUAAUGUAGUCCCUGUGCUAACGUCCUGAGGAUUUGAUAUAACUGCUGUCUCUGUAUUUUUCUUGUUUUUCAGGUGGUCAUUAUGGCGAAUAGGAAGUGGCUGAUUUAUUUCAUUUGCCUCUCCCCAUGGAUGACCCACUCAGUCUUCCUUGUUUACAAACUCCAGGAGGGUCAUACAUGGUUCACAAAUGAUUCACAGACCGUGAGAGCUGACUCCUGUUGAGUCAACAAGGCCCAGGAUGUACCAGAGGGAGUCUACAGACAUUUCAAUAUAAAUGUGGAUUUCAGGAUCUUCACUAGAAUCCAGCAUGUCGAAUUUUUCCUCGAGAAAAAAGGCUCCUACUGGAAAUGAUUCGAAGAGCACCCAGGGGGCUGUACUGAGACAACAGGGCUUUCAUGAUAUGAACAAAAGAAGGGCUUUCUUACAGGAUAACAGCUGGAUAAAGAAACGUCCUGAGGAGGAAAAAGAUGAGAAUUACGGCAGGGUGGUGCUCAGCCGGCAUAACUCCCACGACGCCUUGGACAGGAAAAUGGCCGAGAGAGAUGAGCCAAAAGCCACGAUUAGCCGGUACAGAUCUGAUGAAGCUCUGGACAGAAAACUGUCCACACUUAGGACACCAGAAGCAACUAAGACGCCAGCUGGUAGCUCCCUUCACACAAACCACACCACCACGGCUUCCACACCUGCUACCACCCCUGUGAAGAAAAAGAGACAGUCCUGGUUCCCACCACCCCCUCCUGGUCACAGCGCCUCUCCAAGCCCAGGAGCUAGCAGAAGGGAUCCAGCCGUUCACCCUCCGAUACCUCCUAAACCGUGCUCUCCCAUUGCGUCUCCUAAACAACUGAGACAGAAUAAUAGGCAGAUACAUGCAGCUACAUCAGGUACAUAUGGAGAAGCCAAUAGACAUCUUGAAAGAAAUAUCAGGACUGAGGAUCUCGAUGACAUCAUCAGGGUGGCUGCUUCACUUCAGAAAACUGACAAAGGUGAAGAACUGGACAAUCUCAUCAGAAUGAACAAAAGCUUGAACAGAAAUCAAGGUCUUGACGGCCUCUUCCGAGCAAACCGGAAGGCACAACAGAUAGACAAGAGAGCCCAGAGUCUUGAAAGUCUCAUCUAUAUGAACACCCAGAUGGACGGAGAUGCCAAAGGGAAUCCAGCCUUUGGAAGUCUUAAGAAAAUCCAUCAAAGGACGGACAAAGAGAAAGGCCAAGGCCUCAGACCAGUUCCCAAAAUGAGUGUCACAGAAGACAAAAGCAGCAGAAGAGGUAGAGAGCUUGAUAAUGUUAUGAAGAUCAAGUCCAGAGGACAUGAGAACACCUCUGGGAAACAAGACCUUGAUGGAUUGAUUAGAGUGAAUCCUGAAACACACACAAAUAUGAAGAGGGGCCAGAGCCUUGACAAUCUGAUCAAAGUCACCCCAGAAGUAAACAAGAGUAACCACGGGAGUCAAAAUCUUGACAAUUUCAUCAAAGCUGUGCCCACAACCAACAGAGCUGACCAUGGCUAUCAACAUGGUCUUGAUGAACGUAUUACUACAUGCUCCAAAGCUACCAAAACUACUGCUGGACACCAAGAUCUUGAUAAGUCCAUCAAAGUAAAUCCUGCUGUUCUUGAAAACAAUCAAAGAAUCCAUGACCUGGAUGGCAUCAUCAGUGGGAAUCCUACAGUGACCAGACAAAGCCAGGACUUGGACAACCUUAUUAAAGUGAAGUCUCCUGCUCUCAGAAACACAAAUCGAGACCGGGGCCUAGAAAACUUAACUGAAGUAGAUUCUCAUAUAUCUGAAAAUAAGAAUGGAAGGCUUGAUGGCCAAGUCAAUGGAUUCACCAAAAAUCUUCUCAAGGAGUCCACAAGAACCUCUGUCUAUUCUUAUGAAGCCAGAAACAGCCUCAGCUCCAAUGUUGGCACCAGGAAUAUUGGCCCUAAGGACACGGUUGUCUACACAAGGACAUAUGUGGAGCAUAGUAGAUCACCAAAGGAUGGAUAUCAGGAAAAUAUCUCAGGAAAAUAUAUACAAACUGUUUAUUCAACUUCAGAUAGGUCUGUCAUUGAAAGAGAUAUGUGCACUUACUGCCGCAAGCCCUUGGGGCUAGAAACCAAAAUGAUUUUAGAUGAAUUGCAGAUCUGCUGCCAUUCCACCUGCUUUAAGUGUGAAAUAUGCAAACGGCCUUUGGAAAAUCUGCAAGCCGGUGACAGUAUCUGGAUUUAUAGGCAGACUAUACAUUGUGAGCCCUGCUACUCCAAAGUGAUGGCCAAGUGGAUUCAGUAACACUGAUAAGUGGAAAUGAAGAUGAAAAGCCUUCACUGAGGAAUUUAAAGAUACAUUUUAAGAAUAUAUAAUCUAGAAAAGAUUUACAUUGAAGAUUAUCUCUUGUAUCAACAAUUUUGUUAUUGCACAAAUAAUCUAAUUACUUUGAAUAAGAUCGGACACAUGAAAAGAGCCAUGUGGUAUUUGGCAAGAUCUAGUGAUAAAUACUCACAUAGCUCUUGCUACCAAAGUCAAUGGCAGAGAGCAUUGUCAACCCUGCACAGGCCAACCCUGCUCCAUAUUUAGCUGCCCAUCAUGAUUUUCAAUAACCAAGUUUCCCAUCUUCUCACCUAUCUUCCCCUAAUAGUUUGUAUUAGCGCUUUAUUGAUACCCUGACAAAUAGGCUGAUAGAAGCAAGAUAUACUUCUUCCUUUUUCUACAAACGAAAAUGCACAUAGAAAUUUUCUUACAAGAAAAAUUUUCAAGAAGAGCAAUGUAACAAGUUGUUUGAACCUUUGAAAGUCAAAGUUCCCAGACUUCUGUGAUGUUCUCUCUGACGCCACAAACAUUAGACAAAGUAAUUUCUAAAGUCCCAUUUUGCCUUUCCAGUUAUCUGAUUAUAAAAAUGGAAUUUUCUGCCGGGCGGUGGUGGCGCACGCCUUUAAUCCCAGCACUCGGGAGGCAGAGGCAGGCGGAUCUCUGUGAG